AUGCAAAAAUAUAUGCCAUUCGAAAAUGUGCCACGUUUAAUAGCACCAACUUUGAACCCUGAAUGUAUCUCAGCAAUUUCAGCAUCUAUGCUGAAAAGGGAUACAAUUAUUAAAGAAAAACAAAAACAAAUAGCUGCAGUAUUGACUGCUAUUGGCUCUGGUUUAGAGUCCAUAUUAAAGAACGGAGACAAAAUAGAAAUAAUCCGUAACAUAAAUGAUGCAUCCAAACUAUUAUGUGAUUAUUUUCAAUCUGAGACCAAUAAUAGAAAAAUUUUAAUUACUAAUGCAGUUAAUCACAACCUUAAGGAGACUCUAAAGGGGGCCAACAAAGACUUUAAACUGGCGGGGCCCUCCUCAGUUGAGCACCAGGCUGGGGGGGAAGAGAGUAACCAAGCCCAAAAACAAGCAGCAGCAACAACAACAGAAACCACUGCCUCCUCGACGAUAUUAGAGGUUCCUACACCACAGAUCACCGCACUCUCUUCACAAGAACCUAUCUUUGAUGGCAGGUCUGCUCUCCGCCAGAAAUUUUUAAGCACAGGCAUUGGUGAGGAAGCCACCAACAUUAUGUUGAAUUCAGUAUCAGAAAAUACACUUAGGCAGUACUUACCUUACCUCAGGGACUGGCUUAUAUACUGUUCAUCUAACAAUAUUAGUACAAAUACUGCCAAUAUUUCACAAAUUAUAACUUAUCUCACAGUAAAGUUUGAUGAAGGUAUGUCUUAUGGAAGCCUUAACUCCAUAAGAUCAGCCUUGUCGUUAUUGAUAGGUUCUCAUAUUGGAAUAAAUGAUCAAAUAAAAAGAUUAUUUAAAGGGUUCUAUAGGUUGAGACCAAAUAAUCCCAAAUAUCAAUUCACUUGGAAUGUAUCAGAAGUGUUCAAUUACCUUGAGCUUCAUCAGAUGGAUACAAAGGAUGUAAAAUUCCAAACAAAGAAAACAGCAAUGCUGUUUGCUCUAGCAACAGGACAAAGAGCACAAACCUUAGCAUCAGUGGAAAUUGACAAAAUAAAAAUAGAGAAUGACAAAAUUUGUAUUACAAUCUCCAAAUUGUUAAAGACAUCAGGCCCCUACAGACAGCAGCCAUUGCUUGUAUUACCUUUUUUUGAUUUAAAACCUAAUGUUUGUCCUGCUAGAGCAGUGAUUAAUUAUUUGAAGUUAACUGAACAAAUAAGAGGCAACAUAAAAAAUUUAUUUAUUUCAUUUAAGAAACCCUAUAGAGGGGUAUCAGUAAGUACAAUCAGCAGAUGGAUAAAAGACAUUUUAAAAGAAAGUGGUAUAGAUGUGAACAUUUUUUCUGCUCAUAGCACAAGGCAUGCUUCUACUUCAGCAGCAUUCCAUACGGGUGUAUCAAUAGAUAUUAUAAGAAAAUCAGCUGGUUGGACUGAAAAUUCAAUUUGUUUUGCUAGAUUCUAUAAUCGUCCUAUUUUGAACAAUAAGGACACAAUUUAUGCUAAUGCUGUUUUUAAAAAUAUUAAUAUUGAUGACUAA